AUGGCUUCACUAGCAAACCUUCCGAACGAGCUUCUAGACGCGAUUCUCCUCGAGAUUCCCACCGCCGAUCUCAUCAGCCUUUCACAAACAUGCCGGAAUCUACGCUCAGUCUCUCUGCCCCUGGCUUAUCGCGAUAUUGCCAUCACUUCGAACGGCUCGACCAAUGAUCGCCUACCAAGAAUUACCUUGCUUCUUCGAACCGUCCUGGAGAGCCCUCACCUUACAAGAUACAUCAAAAGCGUGCGGCUGUUUACAGGACAGAUGCCUUUAGACACUUUGGCCCCUGAGCGGGCGGGUGUUCUCGCCAAGUGGACCGGUCCUCCGCUUCUUGCCAGCGACAUGAGCGACGCGUUAGUCAGGAAAGCCGUCCACGGGAUGCAAUCCUCGCGUGCUGCAGAAUGGAUCACGGCGAUCUUCGAUGGCGACCUUACCGCCGCCUCAGCACUGAUCCUGGCGCAAUGUGAACAGCUGGAGAGUCUGACGGUAGACAACGAAUUCGCCUGGCUGGGAGCCAGGUGGCUGACGGCGCUCUUCCGCAAUGGACUGGCGGCUGUGAAGGACGACCCUCGCCUGCCGACGUUCGGCAACCUCACAAAGCUUGGCGUCACCUCCUAUCAUAGGUGGGAUAUUUCUCACUAUUGGGAUCACAUUCCGAAAGAGCUCUUCAUGCUGUCCUUAUAUCUGCCCAAGAUCAAAAGCCUGCGUCUGGGGAGAACUCCUCGAAUCGAUGCCUGGGAUGAAGACGCUCAAAGCUCCGACGUCGCGUGGCCGUUUCCUGCGGCUCCCAAUGCGGCGAGCCUGACAAGCUUACGUCUCGAUCGCUCGGCGGCAACUUUCAGCAGCAUCAAAGCAUUGCUAAAGCAAACACCGAGUCUCAGAUCCCUCUACUUGGACAGCUUCAUUCCCGAGUCGUAUAUCCAGGACACAACUGUUCUGCGGCAAGCACUCCGUCAUGUAAGGAGCACGCUGCUGCGUCUGACAGUCAAAUAUAAGAUUAGCGACGAGGACUACCCCGACGCUGUCAACUUGAGCGUCUUAGUUAAGGGAAGCCUCGACUCUCUGCGGGACCUCGAGGUGCUAGAGGAGCUGAACAUCUCUCUAUGUGUCUUCUACGGCCAGGACAGAGACUUAGAAGCGCUGCCGCCACUGUCAGAAGGUAUGCCCCCGAAGCUCAAGCGUCUCACUAUCAACGACAGUUUGUGGGGCUUCGUCGCCUUUGAAGCAUGUCCGAGCCAGGUCUACGUGCCGCUGCUGGGGCCGUUCCUGGGCGGCGGUUGGAAAACUGGGACUCCGGAGCUGCAGGAGUUUGCGUUGGACGCGGAAAGGAUACGCGAUGAAUAUGGUGGCGAGUUCGCGCGCGGCAUGCGGAGACUGCGCAAUGUUUGCGAGGAACAAGGGCUGAAGUGUAGUCUUCCUGGCCACAUCGAUCUUGAUAGUGAUGAUGAUGAGGAGGAGUGCGACGACGACGAUGAUUCUUUGUAUGAAUGGAUAUGA